AUGACUGUGAAUCACACGGCUAACCGAGAAUUUUUGGGCACAAUCGAUUUAACUGGAGUGAAAAUAGAGGGUGGCCAUGAUAGGACACAUUGGAAUCUGGAGAACAAGACAAUCGAGGAUGUGCUCGAUUGCUACAAAAACCUAACUUCCAAAGGAGUUAAUGAAGAAAUGUCUACGUUCAGUGGAGACAUUGAAACCCGAAUCCGGAGGCGGAGUAUGAGAACGGGGCCAUAUUACCCACCUGAACACCUUCUCGUGGUCAGUUUUCCGUACGAUAAUCUCUACCGUGGCUUUGGCAACACUGAAAAUCUUGCUGCUCAGAAACUGUCAAAUGACUUGCACAAGGUGAUGAAGGAGGUAAUUCAGAUCGUUAAUUUCAUCAAAGCUAAGGCUCUCAACUCAAGGUUAUUCUCUCAAAUGUGCUCUGACUUUGAUUCUACACUUAUGCAUCUGUUGUACCACUCUGAAGUUAGGUGGUUGUCACGAGGAAAGGUUCUUCAACGAUUGCUUGAUUUGCGGACUGAGACCGAGAUGUUUCUGACUGAAAAGAAACAUCAAUUGGCCCACAAAUUCUCAGAUUCAAACUGGUUGAUGCAAGUAGCAUAUCUUGCAGAUAUAUUUGCUGAGAUUAAUUCCCUGAAUAUGUCAAUUCAAGGUCGUGAUCAGACAUUAGUUGAGCUUUCUGAGAAACUGUCAUCAUUCGAAGAAAAACUGAAGUUGUGGAUGAAUAAAGUAAAGGCAGGAAAAACAGCAUCAUUUCCCUCCCUAAAUAUACUUCUGGAGAAUGAAAACUAUUCUCUCAGCCAAGUCCAAGACACUAUUGUGCAACACAUGUCCAAUCUGGUCACAGAAUUUGACCAUUACAUUCCAGAAAAUGCACAUAAAUACAGUUGGAUCAGAAACCCAUUCAACAUUGAAGCUGAAGACCUACCUGAGGAAAUGUCAAACAUCAACAACCUACAGGAGCAGCUCAUUGAGAUCCAGAGUGAUGAAACACUUCAAUAUGAUUUUAAAAGGCAACAUGAAUCACUAAGCUCAUUUUGGAUAAAAAUGUACAAAGAAAAACCAAUUCUUGGAGGUGAAGCCAUGAAAGCCCUCCUUCUAUUUGCUACAACACAUUUGUGUGAGGCAGGAUUUUCUGCACUGACACUCACAAAGACCAAGUACAGAAACCGCCUACAACCUGAGGAUGAUAAACACACUUCAGUGUCAAGGUUCUCACUGAUUAUAAGAGUAGCAGCACAUUACAUGUCAAGUUCUGAAUAA